ACUUUUAUUUUGUUUUAUUAAUUAUCAUCAUAAAUUAUUUUUAAAAAUAUUAUUUUUAAUUGGAAGAACAUACUUAUAUGAAAGUUAAUAGAAGAAGAGGGAAAGUGUAAUGGAUAUGUACGUAUUAAUCUCAAAUAUGAAGGGGCAAAGUUUAAAAUAACAGUUAGACAAAGAAGCAGAACUUUCCCGUACGUCGUCGUUUUUCUGCAUUCCACCACCUACUGUAUUUCCCGGUGCAUUUCAGAUUAGGGAAAAAACAACGGAAGGAAGAAGCAAUGCAGAGUGGUUGCAGUAUUAGAGCUCUGUGGAUUCUCAACAACCACGACGCCGUCGUUUUCUCCAGGAAGUUUCCGGUGGUGGAGAGGCGGUGGAGAGCUGCGUGCGACAAAGAAAACGGCACCUCCGCCGGUGACCGUUUCUCUUUUGUUCCUUACCUUCCUACCGAUGCUGAGUUAACUGCGGCUUUUACUGAACGCAAGAAGAGGGAAGGAUCUGUUCGUGGAUAUGGCAUACGGACGAGUCAGUCUGUUAAAGGAUCCGAUUCAUGGGUUGAUGAUCCUGUCACUCGACAUAUUAUAAGUGUAACUAUAACGAAAGAAGAGGAAGGAGAGAGUCAUCUGUUAUGGCCACUAGUUCUGCAUAUAAAGGGCCCAUUUUUCUUUCUUGCGAUGCCUUUGGUUGAGCCCCACCAUCUAAAGACAUAUGCAAGGAUGUUGAACCGGUCGGAUUGUGGAAAUGCUGUUGGCGAAGAUGAAAGUUUAUCUACCCUCUUGCUUAACCUUCCAUCCAUCACAGGGUAUGGUAAGUUAGGCAUGUUGUUACUACUGGAAAUAUAAAGCAGUCCUUAUUGUCAUUUCUUCUCUUUUCAAAGUCUGGCCUCUGUGUUUUUAUUGCUAUUCCUUUGCUUGUAACUUCUUUUGAUGACAGGGCUUUAAUGGUAAUCCAUGCAAUUGGCGAUAUUGUAACUGGAGAUGUUUUAGAACCUGAAGUAGUUGUUAGCUCCUCCCCUUCUGUUGGAGGGUUGUUGGAUUCGCUGACGGGAAGCAUAGGAAUUUCAACUAGAGCAAAACCUGUUGGGUCUCCAAUGGCUGCAUCUGGCACCUCCAGCACCUCUGCAAGUGGAGCUGUUGCUUCAGAUACUCCAAAAAUUGGCUCAAGGCCUUUUGACAAAGAUGCACUUCAGUCAUUUAUCAGUAGUGCCAUGCCCUUUGGUACGCCUUUAGACCUUAGUUACUCAAAUAUUUCGUCCAUGAAGAGCAAUGGGUUUUCUUCUGCUGAUUUACCACCUCCAGAUAGCAAGCAACCAGCUUGGAAGCCUUACCUUUAUCGGGGAAAGCAACGGAUUCUCUUUACUAUCCAUGAAACAGUUCAUGUAGCAAUGUAUGAUCGUGAUGAGAUUCCUGAUACAGUAACUGUAUCUGGUCAAGUUAAUUGUCGAGCAGAGUUAGAAGGUUUGCCCGAUGUUUCAUUCCCCUUGACAGGAUUGGACUCAGCUCGCAUCGAGCUAUUAUCUUUCCAUCCAUGUGCUCAAGUUCCUGAGCAUGGUGGAGAUAAGCAUGCUGUGACAUUUUCACCACCAUUAGGAAACUUUGUGUUGAUGCGAUACCAGGUAACUGACACAGUUAGACCUCCUGUAAAGGGCUUUUACCAACUCUCUAUGGUCUCUGAAAACGAGGGUGCAUUCCUGUUUAAGUUACGCCUUAUGGAAGGCUAUAAGUCUCCUUUGUCCUUAGAAUUCUGUACAGUGACUAUGCAUUUCCCCCGGAGAAGAGUAGUUUCAUUUGAGGGGACACCUUCUGUUGGAACAGUCUCAACCGCUGAUUAUUCAGUUGAAUGGAAAAUUGUACUUGGUGGACGGGGUAUAUCUGGAAAGAGCAUCGAGGCUUCAUUUCCUGGAACCUUAAAAUUUGCUCCAUGGCAAUCAAAAAGAUCAUCUUCAUCUGAUUCAGUUCUUGGGAGUUUAGAUGAUGAGGAUAGUGAUUUUGAAUCUGAGUCUGGUAAUAAUAUGGUAAAUGUGGAGGAUUUCCUGUUGGAGAAAAUGAGCAAGGACCUUCAGGUUGUUGAUCUGGAAGAACCAUUUUGUUGGCAGGCAUACAGCUAUGCUAAAGUUUCUUUCAAGAUGGCCGGGGGAACAUUGUCGGGCAUGUCUCUUGAUCCUAAAUCUGUAAAUAUAUUCCCUGCUGUUAAAGCGCCAGCAGAGCUUUCAGCCCAGGUUACUUCGGGAGAUUAUAUUCUGUGGAAUACAUUGGGGAAGUGUCCUGUUGCAGCCAUGCCAAAAGCCUAGACUGUAAAUUGGAAAGCAUUGAUCUAUCUAAUAGCCAAAUGUCCGUGGAGGUCACAUUUUGUUGUUUAAUUGGGGUCAUAUGUUCUAAGGAUCUUCCGAGCAACCCAAAAUUGAUUAAUCUCCUGUUUCUCUACUUUUGAUGUGCAUUGGUUCUGAAAUCUCAUAAGGUUCAAGCAUAUAGUAGCUUUCAUGGAUUUUUACUAAAUUGUUCAACUCACUUUGUUCAGUGGUGACAAUCAUGUGAUUAGAUCAAAACCUUACAAGCUUACUAUUAGAAAGAAUUUAUACAGUUGAUAGACAGAUAUCGGGGCAUGACUUAGCUAAAUUAUGACCACUUUAAGAGCCUACUGUAUCACUCUAUUUUUCAUAGGCUCAGGGUCAUCUACCCGAAGUGAAGAAGCCCCGACAGAUCUCCCAUUAGGGCAGAAUUAUCUUCUCCUACAACAACCAUUUCGUCAUUUUAUCCCUUUUCUUCUCUCUUCCUCAAUUUUUGUCCUCGUCUUUCUUAGUCGCGUUUCCAGUCUUGGUGUUUUGCAUCCUUUAUAUAUCCUUUGAUGGCAGUCUGCUUCUGAUUCACUCUUCUAAUGCAACUCUGGAUGAGCGGUAGAGAUCAUAUGGAGCCCAUAAAUAGUCGACGUUGCAAGGUCUCCUGGAAUCCAAUCUCAACCAUGGUUUCCCUUUCCCGCUCCAAUGAAGCAGGCUAAUGGGACCUGGGUGAAGGCUUCUGCAUUUGCCUUCAAGGUUAUCACCACCUAAACCAUGUUGAUUCCAUCUGUGGUCGACCGGCUUGAUGUUGCCAGCAAGAAUGAGCAAAAUCGGAGGCAAAGAUCCCAAAUGGUAAAUUUUCCUUUGUUUCUGAAUCAGCAUCCAUUCCUCAACUUUCUGUGUGUAUCCCCCUUUUCGCCAUUUAUCGACAUCCACCACCAUCACACCUGUGUUGAAAUAGCAAGGUCGCCUUCCUUCAAAAGUUCUUGAUAGAUUAACAUCUGACCAAAAUGAGUCUGUAAAAUAGGUUGUAAAAUUUGCAUGGCAAUAUUCAGGUGCAGCUAAUACCUUGUCUCCCAAUUCCACACCCCAUAGCUUCCCAAUAUCAUCUACAACAAUGAUAUCUGAGUCUAGGUAGAUUACACGUCCAACAUCCGGAGGAAGAAUGUCACAUAAGUAAAUUCUUGCAUAAUUCAAAGGUUGAUCCAAGGCUUGUCGAAUAGACUUGGAGAUUUUCCCACGAACUCGAUUAGAAUCGAAGCGAUAGAUUCGAAAUGUAAGGUAAGGGAAGGUAGAUUUGAUCAACGAGAAGAUUUCAGGUUCAAGAUUAAGGGAAAGAAAAUGGAAAGAAACGUUCUCCGGGCAGGUCGAAUGCUGCAAUAUGGACAGAAUCGCCGCGAUCGUGCCACGGAUGUAGUUCACGUCAAGAGGCAUGACUAUAUGAAUGCUAUCUUUCUUAUCCGAGCUGCAUUCGUUGCCAUUGCGAAACGCGGGCGCCUCCCUGAAGGCAAGCAUGUCGGAAGGAGGCGCCGGGUUAAGGUUGACGCGAAUGGCAUCGGCGAAAAAGGUGGUGGUUGUAAGAGGUUGAAGGAGGAGGAGAGACAGGAGGCCAAGGAGUAUUACAUGAGGUUUGUUAUUGCUCCAAAAGGCCAUCCUGUCUGGUCGGAAUAACUAUUAUUUUUUUUUUUUGGUUUUUCGUUUGCCCUCUUGGCUUCAAAGCUUUGGGUUUAUGAAGGAUAAUGAAGAAAUAAGUAAUAACCAUUGGGAAAGAUUUCAUUGUGGAAAGCUAUCGGAGAAAGUUUAGGAAGUCUUCAGCAAGUCCAAU